AUGGACCCCAAAGUCACUGGCACAGCCGAGCCUUAUGUGGUGGAGAGCAAGGAGGGAGACUCGGACGCCACGCCCGAGAAGAGACACUCCCUUACCGGCGAUGUCUUCGUCGCCGACCAUGGCGCGGACACGGAGCUGCGUCGCAUUCUCUCCACUCGCCAUUUAACCAUGAUUGCCCUUGGAUCAUCCAUCGGCAUGGGUCUUUGGCUAGGUUCCGGUACUUCACUUGUGGAUGGUGGUCCUGCAGGCAUCUUUUUGGGCUACCUUCUUUCCGGCUUCAUGAUCUGGUCCGUUGCCCACUCCAUUGGCGAGAUGGCCGUCAUGUAUCCUCUGCCUUCUGCUUUUGUGCAAUGGUCGGGAAAAUUCGUCGAUCCCGCCGCGGCCUUCGCGCUGGGCUGGGCAUAUUGGUUUUCGUUUUGCAUCACUAUCGCGAACGAACUGCAAGCUGCAAAUACUAUCCUCAGGUUCUGGACAGACGAGGUCCACGUAGCGGCCUGGAUCGUCAUCUGGUUUGUUGUCAUCGUCUUGGUCAACGUUGGUGCGGUCACCCUCUUUGGCGAAAUCGAGGUCGUUUGCAGCACGAUCAAGUUCUCCUGGAUCUUUGUUGUCAUCAUCUCGCUCAUCGUCGUAUCUGCUGGCGGUGCCCCGGAUCAGGAGCCUACUGGCUUCCGUUACUGGAACUCGAUGCCGUUUACCAACGGCUUCAAGGGUUUCUUAGCUGUGAUGCCGACUUGUAUCUUCGCCAUGGCUGGCUCUGAGAACGCUGGCCUCGUCGCCGCCGAGACCGCCAACCCUCGCAAGAGUGUUCCUCGCGCUGUGGGCUCCAUCUGGCUCCGUCUUGCAACGUUCUACCUUCUCGGCUCGCUGGUGGUCACUAUAACCGUCUCGCCGGAGGACCCUGACCUCUUUGGUGGCGAAGGCACUAAUGCUUCUCCAUUUGUCGUCGCGUACCGCAAUGCCGGCAUUCCCGUGCUUGCUCACUUCAUGAACGCCAUUAUUCUUCUGUCAGUCAUAUCCUGCGGUACCAUCUCCUGCUACGCGGCUGCCCGUACGACCAUGGGCCUCGCCUACCUUGGCAUGGCACCCAAGGUGUUCAAGAAGGCCGACAAGACCGGUCGUCCGUGGUGGGGUCUCAUCCCAACGUUCAUCGUCGGACUCGGUCUGGCAUUUUUGAACGUCUCUGAAGACGGCGCCACCGUUUUUGGAUGGCUAUCAUCUCUGACCUCGCUCUUCACCCUCUUCGGCUGGGGGAUGAUCUGUCUCUCGCACAUACGCUUCCGCUGGGCGUGGAAGCUCCAGGGACGGGACCCUUCGGAGCUGCCGUGGAAAUCAUGGACCUAUCCCUACGCGGCUUGGUUCGGUCUCACGAUGUGCAUUGUGCUCAUCAUCGUGCAGUUCUACCUCGCCGUAUGGCCUCUUGGUGUUGCUCCUAACGCGGAGGAUUUCUGGGCCAGGUAUAUCUCGGUCCCUCUGAUUAUUGUGCUGUAUAUCAUCGGCAAGUUGAUGUACAAGACGCCCAAGUGGGUGGACCUCAGCACCGUCGACUUGGACUAUGGUCGUCGCUUCUACGCUGAUGAGGGUCCGGAGAAGAAGGGCAACGUUAUGGUCCGUGGUCUCAAAGCUAUCUUCUCUUAA